UAAUUUUUGGGUCCAAUAAAACAAACCCGAGCCUUUCUACCUUGAAAGGGAUAAAAACCGAAAACCGGAAAGCCAAUCAAACAAUCAGCGCAUUGCUUGAAUCUUUCAAGGGUUUGGUAUUCGAUCCUCUCUGAUUUCUCAUAGGAAUUUGCAUCUACAGAACUAAUCAUGGCUACUGCUUCAGUGGCUUUCAAGUCUAGAGAGGACCAUAGGAAACAGUUGGAAUUGGAAGAGGCGCGAAAGGCUGGUCUUGCACCGGCUGAAGUGGAUGAGGAUGGAAAAGAAAUCAAUCCUCACAUUCCUCAGUAUAUGUCUUCAGCUCCUUGGUAUCUCAAUGCAGAGAGACCGAGUUUGAAACAUCAAAGGAAAUGGAAAUCCGACCCCAAUUACACGAAAUCAUGGUAUGACAGAGGUGCGAAAAUAUAUCAGGCAGAAAAGUACAGAAAGGGUGCAUGCGAAAACUGUGGAGCAAUGACCCACGAUGCUAAGUCAUGCAUGGAUAGGCCCCGCAAAUUAGGAGCAAAAUGGACGGGAAAGAAUAUUGCUCCUGAUGAGAAGGUAGAACAGUUUGAGCUGGAUUAUGAUGGUAAAAGGGACCGUUGGAAUGGUUAUGAUGCUGCUUCCUAUGCCCAUAUCAUUGAACGAUAUGAAGCAAGGGAUGAAGCAAGAAAGAAAUAUCUGAAAGAUCAACAACUAAAAAAGUUGGAGGAGAAAAAUAACAAAGAGGAUGAAGAAAGAGGCGAUAGCGAAGAUGAAGAUUUUGAAGAUGCUUUGAAGGUAGAUGAAGCCAAGGUUGAUGAAAGCAAGCAGAUGGAUUUUGCAAAAGUUGAGAAGCGUGUACGAACCACUGGUGGUGGAAGCACAGGGACUGUUAGGAAUCUACGUAUCCGGGAAGAUACAGCAAAAUAUCUUCUUAAUCUUGAUGUCAAUUCUGCACAUUAUGAUCCCAAGACCCGGUCCAUGCGUGAAGACCCUCUUCCUGAUAUGGAUCCAAAUGAAAAAUUUUAUGCUGGAGAUAACCAAAAUAGAGUUAGUGGUCAAGCAUUGGAGUUCAAACAGCUGAAUAUUCACGCUUGGGAAGCUUUUGAUAAGGGUCAUGAUGUGCAUAUGCAAGCAGCUCCAUCCCAAGCAGAACUGCUUUACAAAAAUUACAAGGUUAACAAGGAGAAACUGAAGUCACAAACAAAGGAGGAUAUCAUGGAGAAGUAUGGUAAUGCUGCUAGUGAAGAAAUACUCCCAAGAGAACUACUGUUGGGUCAGAGUGAGAGAGAAGUUGAAUAUGAUUGUGCUGGUAGGAUUGUGAAGGGCCAGGAGAUGUCUCUCCCUAGGAGCAAAUAUGAAGAGGAUGUUUACAUCAAUAACCACACCACGGUUUGGGGUUCAUGGUGGAAGGAUCACCAGUGGGGUUACAGAUGCUGCAAACAAACGAUCAGAAACAGCUAUUGCACAGGUGCUGCCGGAAUUGAAGCAGCUGAAGCUUCUGCUGAUCUUAUGAAGGCCAAUAUUGCUCGCAAAGAGUUGGCUGAAGACACACAUGCGCCGGUUGAGGAGAGGAGGCUCGCUACCUGGGGUACUGAAGUACCUGACGAUUUGGUUUUGGACGAGCAAAAACUGGCUGAAGCACUUAAAAAGGAGGAUGAAAGGAGAAGAGAAGUAAGGGAUGAAAGGAAAAGGAAAUAUAAUGUGAAGUACAAUGAUGAGGUUACACCGGAAGAAAUGGAAGCCUAUAGGAUGAAAAAGGUCCUCCAUGAUGAUCCAAUGAGGGACUUCCUGCACUGAGUUAUGAAUGUGGCGGAAUCAUUCCAAGUCGCAGAAGAGGAAAGUCCUUGCUGCAAAUGUGUCUGUUUAGGUAGCAGUUGCCAUCACAAGCAUGUAGGUGAAUUGUACCAGGGGAAUGAGAGAUUACUUUCGAGUGCUGUUCGUCGUCCUGUCUGUGAUUUGGUAUUUGUUGCAGUGUUUGUUUAAGGUGAAAUACUCCUCCCAGGAACCACCCAAUAAAAAAGUUACAGAGAAGAAACUCUUUGGGAUCAUUGACACUUCCGAAUGCCUGUAUAUAUAUAUGUGCUACUUUAAACUCACUUCUCCGUUAUUGCAAUUGAAUUGGGGUCGAGAGUUGUGUACGUCCUAAUCUCUCGUUUAUACAUACGUAGUAGGUCUUUAAUGAAUCGUGGUUUUCAGACUUUAUAUUUUAGUUGUUGUCUUUAUCUCCUUUUUAUAGCACAAAAAUUGGUUGUGGAGCUUAGCGGUA